AAUCAGCGCUUCUUGAAGAACGGCGGGCAGAAUAGUUAUCAGGAUAAAUUUUUUUCUUCGAAACGCGGAAGAAUGCGUAUGCUCCCAUGUCAGUCUGACAGUGGCUCUCCAUCAACACCACCGACGGAAGAUGCAGGUAGACGUUCAUCUCCAGUAACCAUUGACAACAGCAGGUGCCCGAUAGAGCCCUCCCAGGAUUAAUCAGGAAACAAGACAGGCUGAGAUUAAACUGCAGGGAAAUUCCGUGUUAACAGACCCAAAUAUCAUCCCGUGUAUCUCACGCCGUGCAAUAUAGCGCAGUAAUCAACACUGGUGACGAAAUAUCGAGAAUAUGUGCAUUUAACGCACGCGUGCUCCAUCACAACUACAGAGGAAGGGUGAAGAUCGGAGGCAGCGUUUCGGUAGGUAUUACCUAUACAUGUGGCGGGAGGGACUGAUACUCUAUACGCCUGCAUACCCCCGCGAGACUACAACACUGCUUCACUGUCGUGUCAAGGCUGAUGGUAGGAUGGAUGUGUGCGGGUUGGACUCCACUUUCGAGAGUUUUGUGAACAUGUCCUGUUGACUGUUGAGUCUGGGUAGAUUUGUGUAACACGAACAGGUUAUUUUCGAGAUCAUGCCUGGCAAGAGGAGCAGGAAGGCUCGGGCGAAAAGGGCGGGAAAACGGAACAGUUCGUCCGAGGAGAGUCGCCGGAAAUCGUCUGCUAGUGCAGAUGGUGAGUUGACAGAAUCACUUGGCGCUACGGGAGGGACGCCAACGGAUGGCGAAUCCUCGGAAUCUGUAAGUCCAGAUAAGUGUGAGGAUGAAUUUGAUUUUAGCUCUGGAUUAGAAGCUGGAGCUGACGAUCAAACGGCGAAGGAUAUGGGGAAUGAACAAGGUAAAAGUUUACUUCUGUGUCAGGUUGACCUGGAUGUUAAAGCAGGUUCUAGUUCAGUGGGCGAACAGGCCCAACUGUCAGUCAAAGCAGUUCCGUGUGGUUAUUCUGAUGAUGUCACCAAGGUACAACUUACUCAACACCGUGAUUCAAAUGGAAAUAAUUCACCCACAAGCUGUAAAUACCAAGACGACGGAGACACAACGUCAACAAAAUCAACUCAAAUCUGCAAAGCGCCACCUCCAGUUGGCCAACAAGGACGAAGUCAAUGUGUACCUCUGUCAUCACCACUUGACAACAAUGAGGAGACAACUCACUCUGAACAAUCAUCCUCUUUUGACAGAUCCUGCGAGGAAAGACCCACGAAUGAAGAUGAACUUGGAACCAGUGUGGAUCCAGUUUCAUUCCAACCCUGUAUUAUCCAGAAGGAACUAUAUACACAAAUAGAGGAGGUAGAAUUAAAAACUUUACCCACUGAAGGUGAAGCUCACGUGUGUCUUGAAGCUUCGCCGGUCAUGAAAUUUAAUGACUCGGUUUCAGAAUCCGAUAGGAAAGUUGACUCUGGUUUGAAUACAGGUUCACAGUCACGGAUACAGGAGUCAUCAGAAAAAUGUGUUCAAACAUGUAAUUAUAGCAAAGACGAAUCUAAUUUUGCGAACAUUAUACCAAAGGAUAUUAGUUUAGAGUCAUCAAGGAUUGGACCGCCUUCAGUGUCUGAAAGUGUUGGUUCGAGUGUUGACGUUGUCUCAAAGGUUAAUGUUGUAGAAGGAGGGGGUGUCACGGCAGCAUCUGACAACGCUGUUACUGCACCUGGUCAAGGAUGUGCUACAAGCGAGGUUGAGAGUCGUGUCCCCUGUAACGUUCCAGCAGAGACAACAGGUGCGAUGAAGAAACAUCAAGCAUCUCCUGUCGGCGAGGGUGUUCACAGCGACGUCCCGGUCGCGUGUGAGGGAGAGGAGGUUGUUCCAGUUGUUGUCAACACCGAUGAUCCAGUGUCCAACGAAGACCACCCCCUGUGUGUUGUUGACGGCAUAUAUGAAGCUGGUGACGUGCCUGAUGAUGAUGCAGCCGGGGGAAACUCUACAGAACGUGGUUCUCCAACAGAGGACAAUUGUCCACCUUCGGGCCGAGAUACAUGUGCAGAAGUUACAACUAAUUCUUUGUUGGACAAUGUAUGUCCCUCUGGCCACGCAAUUCAACAGGACGACACAGAUUGUGGUUAUUCAUCAACAGGAAAGGAUACAUGUGCAGGACUUACAGAUCUGUCUUCUUCUGAUACUAAAGGUCCCUCUGACGAAGCAGUUCAGCAGGAUGACACAACGCCAGAUACCAAAGAUCCAAAAAAAGCCUUACACAUUGAAACGUCCCAUGAUGUCGUGGACACAGACGCGUGUCUGUCUGCUGGUAUACACGACACAGACUCAGACUUGAAUGACGAGCAGCUGGACAUUGUCACGACGUAUAUUGACUUCCUGUUUGAACCAUGCUUCUCGCCGAGCCUAACCGGAAGUGAGACCGGUGACCCUGAUGAACCUGAAGGUCGGAGCAUGGUAGAAAGAGGUGGCCUUGACACCAUUCACCAAACUGACACGUCAACAUGUGGAGACUCCACGGCCUCGGGGGGUGUACAGGAGGAAGGACAGGCUGCAAGUAUUGCGUUUUACCUUGACAAUGUAUUUGAGAAGACCACCGAAGCGUCUUCCAAAUCAGUCACAGAAGCAUUGGAAGAUAUGCAUGAGUGUGCCUCUGACCUUGAUCCUAACCUUGACCUUAACCUUGACCCUAUACUGGUUGACCAACAGACGGCUGAACUUUUAUCUAUGCCAGCUAAAAACGUAAUUAAUCCAUUCGAUAUCCAAAACUUUCAACAAAUGUCACCCCGACUGGAAACUAUCAAGGAAACACAGUAUGAAAAGGAAUCUAACUCUAAAGAACAAACAGAACUCGAUGUGGAAUCACAAGAUUCGACUUCAAGCAGGAACCUCCCUGACGUCGUGUCUAGUUCAACAUCUGUGUGUGUUGCUGACCCCGUGUAUGUGGCCGCUGACGACGCGUGUCACGUGGGUUCCCUUGGAUUACCCGUAGCUGCUGACGUCCAGUGGAGGGCCAGCCUUAUUUACAUCAGUCGAGUGUGCACAAUGUACAAGCUGCUGGAGGCGCUCUACAACGCCAUGUGUGUGACCUUGAGGACAGGGAGGCGACGGAAAGGUCAGGAUCCGACCUCCAGGGUCAUCCUACAGUGCGAGGGGUCAAGGUUGACAGGAGCAGCCAUUCAAUCCUUGGACUCGCUGAAUGACCAGAUCGUGCAAUACAUCUUCGCACAGAAUAAUGUCGACCUUGACCUUGAAAAGGACCUGUCACCACGGGAACGAGAAACACUCAAGUCCUCCAUGGUUUUGAUCCGUGGGCUGCUUAUAGAUGCUCAGUCAAAAUUUCGGAAAAUGGUUGAUGAUAAUCGGCAACUUGCAGUGAAGAUUGACGGAUCAAUCCAAGCAGCAAACCAAGAGGUUAACGUACUGCGAGCAGAGCUGGCGGAUACCAACAAGAGGCUGUCACAGAUUACGCUCACCAACGAUCUCAAGGUGGAGAAGGCCACGCAAUCCGAGAGUGACAACUGCCUGCGGCACAAGUCGGACGAGGAGAAUGAGUUGACGAAGAUGAAGGAGGAGAACCUCCGCCUGGAGGCAGCGGUCAAGUCUCUCACGAGGGAGGUUCAGGAGCUGAAGCUGGCGAAGGCAGUUAGCAGUGAACAACCAAGCUAUGGGGAGCUCAAGCUGGAGCUCAUCCAGACCCGCCAGGAGGUCAACAGGGCCAAGGAAGCACUUCAAGCAAUGAAGGCAGACCGGAAGCGGCUGAAGGGCGAGAAGCUUGACCUCCUGAACCAGAUGAAGCAGCUGUACACAACGCUGGAGGACAAGGAGUCCGAGCUGAGAGACUUCAUCCGCAACUACGAGCAGCGCGUCCACGAGAGUGAUCAGACCAUCAAACAGCUUGCCAUGGAGAAGGAGGAUUGUGAGCGGGAGAAGUGGCGGAUCAUCAAGAAGGCCCAGGAGGCAGCCGAGCGUGCAGUCAACCUGCGGUCACAGUGCGACAACAAGGACCAGGCUCUCAAGAAGCUGGAGGUGGAACUAGCAGAGUUGAAGACUCAUCCUGUUGACCACAACAAGUCGUCGAGUGCAUCGGAGGCGGAUCACACCACCCACAGCGUCGCCAGCACCAUCGCCAGCGAGGAACUGCCUCCGUAUGAAACCAUGUCACAGUCUGACGUGUCCCGGGAUGACAGCUUCUCAGUGAAGACGAGCACACCUAGUCAUGACUCGAAUGUCAACUCCUUCACCAACCCCAACAAACUGCUCAACACAAGUCACGAGCUGCCAGAGCACGACACCAAGAAGAGGCACCGCAUCCCCGUGUUCGGCUCCCUCACACGCAUGUUUAGCAAGGGGAGACUACGAAGGUCCAUCGCUCUGCCACACGGCGAGACCUUUGAUGACCCGGGUCACCCGAAGCUUGCCCUGCUGAGCCCUGACAACUACCAGGAGAAGCUGGCCCUGGUGAACGGCCUCAAGGGAGUCCACAUGACCAACUGGAAGGCCAAUCAGGUGCUGGCCUGGCUCGAGAUCUCACUCUCCAUGCCCAUGUAUGGGAAGAUGUGUGCUGAGAACAUCAAGAGUGGGAAGGUACUUCUGGGACUGAGUGACUCGGACCUGGGGGCCGCCCUCGGCAUCACCAACAGUAUACACCGGCGGAAGCUGCGGCUAGCCAUCGAGGAGCAGCGCGACCCAGGAGAGAUAAAAUAUUCGAAGGCAGCAAACAUCGACCACACGUGGGUGUCUCACCGAUGGAUCCCCGACCUGGGCCUCCCUCAACACGCGGCCAUGUUUGAAUCCCAGCUGGCAGACGGCAGACUUCUCAACCAGCUGUCCAAGAAGGACCUAGAAAAACAUUUUAGUGUCCAUCGCAAGUUUCACCAAGCCAGUAUUCUACACGCCGUGGAAUUACUACGGCUGCUCAAUUUUGAUAAAGAGUUGUUAACAGAGAGACGGUCGCAGUGUGAGGACAACAACACCGACCCCCUGGUGUGGUCCAACGACAAGGUCAUGAAGUGGAUACGGUCAAUAGAACUUGGGGAGUAUGUCCAGAACCUGAGGGAGAGCGGUGUUCACGGAGCUCUCAUGGUGCUGGAGCCGUCGUUUACUGCAGACACCCUCGCGACAGCCCUAGGCAUCCCCCUGUCCAAGUCUUACCUUCGUCGACACAUCGCCACGGAGUUGGAAGCCCUCAUCAAGCCAGCUAGGUCUUACUUAGCUGGGCUGAAAUUGUUGAGAGCUGCCCUGGACACGCCCAACAACAACACCAAGAUGCGCAUCAACGGGACAGGGUCCGUGGGGCGGUCCUUCAUCCGCUCCUACCGCAGUGCAUCGCUGGACGACGGCGGCCCAAAAGGCAGACUAAGUUUUAGGGGUUCAUUGGGACGAGCUUUUGGGAGGAAAAUAAAGGAUGAUUUACGCAUGACAUUUGACUCGGACGUUACGCCUAAAUCCCGACGAGGGAUUAAAAUCUCGGAUCCUAUCCCAAUCCAGCACAAUCACUCUCUAGACUCCAUAGUAGAGCCCGACUCUACCACAGUGUGAGAUCUACACCAGUAUUCAUUCAAAUUCUUCCCAGGAUGCUCAGUGCUUGCUCGGGCUGUUCCAUUAUACAGUAGGGGUGGUAGUAGACCAUGUGAUAAAUGUCAAUACUAUCAUGUGGUUGAUGGAUGAAUCCAUUCAGGUUUGGAUUUGGAUCGGAUUCAAGCUGUUAUAAAAUGGAAUAGUCCAAAGGGGUGAAAGCUUCAACUGCCCAAGGGAAAUAACUCUAGUUUCCCUGUGAACCAUCAGUGUGAUAUGAAAAGUGCUUUGGAUUUGGUUAAGGGGUGCCAGGUGGAUACUGUGAUGGGAUGUUCCAAGUUGUGUCGUCAUGGUGACCAUGACAGUUCUAUUUUGAGAUUUUUCGGAGGAUGAAAACAUUCGUCCGCAAGAUUUUCGUGAGGGACUGAAGAAGACCAGUGAGUGUUGUUGAUGAUGUUGUGAUAGGACUUGAUUGGUCGUAGUGGACGUGAAACAGUGGAGCUGUAUUGUACAUCGAAGGAUGGAUGACAGGCAUGUGUUAAGCCGUAGUCACACUGAAUGGGUUUAGCCUAGCUUUAAUAUCAUCACUAUUCAAGCAGCUCACGUACCUCAGACUAAAGCAUGUACCAACUUAGGGUUAUUUAAACCAGCGUGCAAACAUCUUUACAAGUAUGUCGACAUGUUUUCAAAAUGAAAAAAAAUAUACUUAUUUAUACUCUCUGCUCAAUUUUAUGAUGUUCAAUAGAAAUGAGGGUUUUUUCUCAUCAGAACUAAAAUAUGACAAAAAUAAUUUCAACAUGACAUUUACUUUUUCUUGAUGUCAGUUCACCUUGUACCCACUGACACACCGGCAUGUCACACCAGCAUCAUAGGAGCCUCUCCAAUGGUUAUCCGAAAAAAUAUUAUUUUUUUAAAGAAAACCUACACUGUAUUUCCGCUUUGUUCAUAUGAUGUUGCCUUCAGAAGUAUUAUCUUACAAUUAUUAUUGUUUUAUUAUUUGGGGUUUACAGAUUUGGUGUGAAAAUGAAAGUAAAAUGAUAACAGUAUUUCUUUUUACAAACACUUUUUCAGAAGGGUGAAAUACAAUGAAAUUAAAAAAGUCCAUACCACUUAACCCUCCUUCCCAUAUUCACCUACCUUUGAAUUUUCUCAUCGCUGAAAAUAGUUGAGACUUGUUAACGUUUUCUGAUAUUAGGUUUGUAGAUUCGUAAACCGAAAUAAUUUUAAACCAGACAACAAUUAUCUUAUUUAUUUUUGUGACAGGCUCACUAAACCUUCAUGUAUUGGUACAGGAGCAUUGAGAGCCAUGUUGACGCUCGGCACUGGUUAUUGAAAAUACUGUACAGAAUUCAGUGUUCCAGGUUGCCUGUUUACAAGCAAGCUUUAAUCAGGGUACGACAUAACCUUCACCUGAGAUGAGCACUGUGUCUUGUUACUGUGAGAUAUUAUACAUUUGACGCAUCUGGCAAAGUCACCCUCUCUAAACGAUUCAAGUUGACUUUGUUCUGUAAUGUUGAAAUAUGUUUUGCUUAUCAAAAUCUUUAAUCUUAGGUAGUCUUAUGAAGUUUGGAUGGUUGUUUUUAAAGAGUAUUCUACUCAGUUUGUGGGAUAGAAUUUUUAUGACAUACAAACGCUAUGGCGAAAUUGUUCACGUCUUAAAUAAGUAUUGACCAGCGUUUAUUGGUUCGUGGUUUUAAGUCGGUUGGAGAACGCUGUAGAAUUCAGUUUGAGUGGAGACAGGCUUACUGCUAAGACAAUCAAGGUAUCUGUUCUCACAAACAGCUGAUUUAGUUCUCAGAACAGCCCUGAUA